AUGCUGUGCUGUAUGAGAAGAACCAAACAGGUUGAAAAGAAUGAUGAAGACCAAAAGAUUGAACAAGAUGGUAUCAAACCAGAAGAUAAAGCUCAUAAGGCCGCGACCAAAAUUCAGGCUAGCUUCCGUGGACACAUAACGAGGAAAAAGCUCAAAGGAGAGAAGAAGGGUGAUGAAGCCGCUGAGGCUGACGCGAAUGAGAAGAAGGAGGAAGCCCCUGUUGCUGAUGGGGCGGAGAAGAAGGGAGAAGGCGCUGCUACCACGGAGGCGGCCCCCGCCACUGGCCCUAAGCCCGAUGAGACCGGCAAGGCAGGAGAAGCUCCUUCCGAGGAGAAGGGGGAGGGUGCCCCCGAUGCUGCCACAGAGCACGCAGCACCCCAGGCUCCUGCACCCUCAGAGGAGAAGGCCGGCUCAGCUGAGACAGAAAGUGCCACUAAAGCUUCCACUGAUAACUCGCCGUCCUCCAAGGCGGAAGAUGCCCCAGCCAAAGAGGAGCCUAAACAAGCCGAUGUGCCUACUGCUGUCACUGCUGCUUCUGCCACCACCCCUGCUGCAGAGGAUGCUGCUGCCAAGGCAACAGCCCAGCCUCCCCCGGAGACUGCAGAGAGCAGCCAAGCUGAAGAGAAGAUAGAAGCUGUAGAUGAAACCAAACCUAAGGAAAGUGCCCAGCAGGAUGAGGGUCAAGAAGAAGAACGCGAGGCUGACCAAGAACAUGCCUGA